AUGCUACCACCGCAAACACCACCGCCGCGCUCGCUGGGAGUGCCUUUCGGCUCACCCCACUCCGACUACUUCACCGACGGCUCUUUUUCGCCUGAUCCAGUCUCAACCUCGUCGCCAGACCAAAAGUACCUGCUUCAUCGAUUGGAAAGCAUCGGCGUCCAAUUGCUGCGCAACGAGCCCAAUGCGCAAACGCUCUCCUCUGUCACCUCAGCGCUCAAUGCCAUAGACGACACCCUCGCGGCGCCUGACUCGCAAAGCCGGCAGCCGGCAGAUCUUGUAGACUCGGGGCUCUUCAUGAACGACGAUGAUAUCGACAGCUUGAGCGCAGACACGGAUGAAGAAGGGGACACCAGCGGAACGAAAGAUACGACGACGCGCGCUUCGGAUAACGACGCUGUCGUGUUGCAGAGUCAGUAUCAGCUGGGGCGCAUGCAGGAGCUUGCGUCGGAGCUGCGCCUUCGCUAUGAAGAACAAUGCAAAACCAACGAUCUGCUGCUCUCCCGCCUCGAAGACGCCGUCGCUAAGCUGCUGAAGCUACGCUCAGAGAACGAAAGCCUCCGCGCUGACCUCUCCUUCGAUCACUCCGAGCUUCUGUAUGUUAAGCUAGAGUUCCAGGCACUCGAAAUCAAAGUUGCACCGUACACGGAUCAGUUUCCGGACAAGGGUCUCCUCGACGAUUUCGAACGUUGGAAGGGUGACUACAAAGACGCUUACAAGCAUCUUCUCACCCGGCGCGAAAAGUACUACGGGAAGCAAACGGGCCUUCCUGAGAAGUCAAUUGACCACAGCGACGAUUCCGAGAGGGAUGCACGCACCGAUUCAGCACUGUCUCCGAACCGCUCACUGUCACCAGCACCACCUGAUGCAGACUCCGUCACUCAUGAGGACCUCGCUACACCCAUGGAAGAUGUUUCGGCCCAUCCGUGCAUCGUUGGAAACGGCACUGAGGAGGAGUUAGGGGAUGACGACUGCGACUGUCCUGAGUGUAGGAAGCCUGCUAAGACGCCAUGGCAAGAGUUUUGCGACAGCGCGGCAGAGCUUGCUGGCAUGUACUUCGACUAG